AUGAGCCAACCAACAACCGGCGUCGAUACCGAAGGCUUCUACGACUCCGACGACUUCGACAUCGACGACAUUUCCGACCAUCUCUACGAGUGGGCAAUAAAUACCAGAGAAUUCAAAGCCUUCACAAACUGGGAUGAUAAGGGCAAGACGCGUCUACUCAGCAUCGAUGGACCCCUCGGAUACCGUGAAACGAUGCGUGAAUGGGCCGCCGGCUGUCUGAUGGCAGCAAGCACGGGCAAAACGGCGAGACCUGUGUAUGUCGCUAGUUACUUCGACGAUUACACCGCAAAAAAUGCAGUGAACAUUGCACCGCUCGUCAAGGGGUUGAUCGAGAGCAUUGUUCAAGAACAGCCCGAUCUCCAAGACCACUGGGGUCACAAGAACGACGAGAAACGCCCUCAGGAUGUUGAUUCUUUAUCGCAAAUACUACACAACAUGACCCAAGACCAGCGCUUUGUCUCUACCUACUUUAUAGUUAACGAUGUUGAAGCAAUUAUAGCACAUCGUGAUUCUGGACUACUGUUUGAACCGGGCAUAGACCCUCUCAAACCUCUCGUCAGGACUCGAAAGCUAACUGAGCUCCAACGCCUCAUCAACAAAUCCUUGAAAAACUCGCAGAAUGUGAAGUGGCUACUCUCAUCAUGCUUCAUGCCGAGGGAAAUGACCAGGGAAAUCGAGCUACACAUCCUAAAAGAUGGCCAACAACAUUUGAAACUUGAUCUACCCAACGAUCCGAAUGGGCAGUGGUCAGGCCUCACACGCAAGUACGGGUCCCUCAAGAUCAGGGAAUCGUGCGAAAGGCUACAAUACAACCUCAGUGUUUCCGAACAAGAAGAACUGGAAAGCCAGCUCGAACUCCCUACAUGCUACUUCCGUGCCAUUGACAUUGCAUUGGCUGUCGCGAGUCACCGCAGUUCAAAAGAACGCUUCGUCUCAUCGCUCAAAUACCUCCUCUCAAGCAAGAGUUCCAUCUAUGGAAUAGUUCAAAAGAGUUUCAGCCUUCUCGGAGAUCUAUACCCCGACGAGAAGGACAUGAUUUUUGCCAUUAUCAACGCCGUGUUUUCCGCUGCGCGGCCGGUCCCUUUGGGUGACCUGGCCGCCAUGACUGCGUGGCCGUAUGAGGAGGCCAUCUUGCCCAGUUAUAUCAAACUACAUUUGCCCGUUUUGUUGCAGAUUCGCGAUGACGGUGUCUGGGUCAAGCACGUCAACAUUCUUGCGCCAGGCUUCGGCAAAUACCUACCUCUCUUCGCGUGCUCUUGCUUAAGCGCCACUUUCAGGCUCCUGAACUGCGACUACAGUGAACCAGGCGACUGGAAAAAGAAUUACAGCAACUACAACCCACGAAUUGGCCUGGCGACGAUUAUUUGGAUAGAUUUUCUGGCUGAACUCAACUGCGGCGAUACGGACUCGUUUUACCUCGCAAAACAGUUACUCACAGGCAGGCACAGUCUAAUUGCCUGGCUCAGGGAGUUGAACAACAGAGCAUUGAUGGCAGACGCGUUCCGAGCGAUAACCCAAUUCAAUAACAAGAUGGAUGGUCAAGUCCCAGAUAAAUCCGUUGGCGACAUCAUGAAGGAGCUCGCAACUUUCACGUCCUGGUUCUUACACAGAUCACCCUCAGAAGAGUUUCAAAAUAAUCUACGAGAGGAGCUGCUGGUCGCGGAGGACCUGCCUUUGCUGAGACAAAUGCUACUCCCAGGCAUGUUCCCAAUGCUCCGGAAUGCUCCAUUGAUCCAGGGAACUUCGGACCCGUGCCUACACUUGCUCAUCCGUACCUCCUCGGUUCAGGGUAUCUGCUUCUCUCCCGACGGUGGAACCUUUGCAACCGCUUCAGAUGAUGGCUACGUGCGCGUCUGGAAUACCAGAACGGGCAAUAUGCUCUAUCUGCUCCAAGCUUUCCAUGGCCCUGCUCUUGGUGUUGUCAUUCAUGGUGUUCUCGCCGCGUUCGACCGUCGCAGCAUUAAGCACAGCGAGACGAGCAUCACGGAUCUUUCCUUCUCCCACGACGGUAGCUGGAUUGCCGCAGGAUUAACGAACGGUACCAUUGCACUGUGGGUGUGGCCAAUGUCCUCAGGAGGAUGGAAGGACGGAUACAAGGUCGGAGAAGCUCCAUUUAAGCCAGCCUAUCUCCUUGGCAAGCACGACGGUGUUAUUCUGUCCGUCUCAUUCACGUCAGGUGGGGAGAGAAACCUUUUGGCAUCCACCUCUGCUGAUGGAACCAUGCGUAUCUGGGAUAUGCAAAAGGUCAGGCGAAUGAUGGCCGCGGGGCAGCCGCCAGACGUUGAGCUCUUUCCCAACGCCGACGCCAAGAUUCGCCUCGUGGCAAUCUCUCAAAACGGGCGAAUGGUUGCGUCGGCAACAUAUGGCGGAGACGUGUCCCUCUGGGACAUUGAGACCGGCUUGCGGAGAUGUUCCGAGAAAAAUGUCAUCGACAAACCGGUUUUCAUGAAAUUCUCACCAAACAACAAGCUACUAGUAGCACGAUCGUCUAACGGCACAGCCAUCGUGUGGGCAGUUGCGGUUGCCAAACACACGAUGACAAUAGAACCGAGAUUCACCCUAAAGCACGACCUUGCCUUGGGGGCAUCAACAGUUCAGGCUCCUGGUGUCCGGUUCGAUCCUCAGGGGAAACUGUUGGCGAUGGGGAGUGAAAACAACAAGGUGCAUGUGUUUGACGUUUCCAAUGCCGAACCCAAAACCGGUUGCGGACAUGUUACCAAGUCGCCGAGCUAUACCUUUGGAGGCGGCAAUGGCCACGUCCGUGGAGUGGCCUUCUCGCCAGACUCCAAACUCCUGGCAUCCUGUGGCCAGGACCGCCAGGGCGACGUCAAAGAAGGCAGCGUCAAGAUUUGGGAACUGGGUUCAAGUUCGCGAGUGUUGCGCUCAAGUACGCGAGUGUUGCGACCUCUUCACAGAUUGACCUCCCAAAAGCAAUUUUGCGCCGAUGAGCCUUGUCCCGAUUAUGUUGACGUCGAAUUCACGGCGACCGGAGACAAGAUAAUCUCUGUCGACGCCGGGGGGCGCGCGGCUAUUUGGACACCACCCAACGAAACUGGUGGGCAGUAUCAGUACCAUGUCGUCAACCGAAUAAUGAGGACAAAACUGAUCCGAUCGAUCCGGAUCGAUCCGAGAUUUCCAAGCUAUCUGCUUACAGAGUAUGGUGCUCAGAAGUGGCAAUUCAGCGGUGAGCAGUCCGGGCGCGAGGAUGCGGCUCUCCUUUCCAAGUGGCUUCCGCUCGACAUCGACAUGGAGCGCGGUCGCAUCUUGUGGAAGGGAGACCGCAUUCGCUGUUCCGUUCUCAUGGUGGGUUCACGAGAACAUGGUCGUGGUAGGAUGGGCAAAUGGACACGUUUCGGUGUUUAA